AUGUCCAGCACUGUUUUAAUAACUGGCGCAGCAGGGUGGCUUGGGGGACUGCUGGCUGCUGAACUCAUCAACGAUCCAAGAACUCCUGACCUCCGUUUGAUUCUGGCUGACAUUGUCGAGCCAAAUGCCCCUCCAUUAUCAAAGUCGAUUUGCAUCAAGGCGGAUCUCACCGACAAAGCUCAGUUGGAAACCCUAUUUUCCACUGAGUUUGGUAUUCCUGAUACCGUCUACUGUUUACAUGGAAUCAUGUCUCGAGGAGCCGAAGAUAAUUUUGACCUAGGCGUCAAAAUCAAUGUCGAUUCCGUUCGUCUAUUGCUUGAGGCUACGCGUUCUUACUGUGAAGCAUCUGUCAAAUUUAUAUUUACAUCUUCGCUGGCAGUAUAUGGUGGACCUCUGCCUGAUGUAGUGACGACUUCGACUAUCGCCACACCUCAAGGUUCGUAUGGCUUUGGUAAGCUCACCUCUGAGCUGUUUAUAAAUGAAUAUUCUCGCCGUGGGUGGGUGGACGGGCGUAUAGUACGUCUGCCUACGAUCCUGGUCCGCCCUGGUGCUCCAUCACUUGCGAGUUCUUCUUUCAUCUCUGCUAUCAUUCGCGAACCUCUUCACGGUGUAGAGACAGUUUGUCCCAUCGGCGACUCUAUCAACUCUCCCGAACUUUCAUUGAAGUCAUGGCUCGCUUCCCCAGAGACGACCAUUAAAAACAUCGUAACGGCAAAGCACAUUCCUGCCGAGAAGUUUCUCCCGCACACGCGCGUAAUCUGUCUUCCAGGAUUUACAGCCACUGUUAGAGACGAGCUGGAAGCUCUCUUCAAGGUCGCUGGUCAAGAUGCUUUGAACCUUGUCAAAUUCAAAGAUGACCCUGUCAACCGGCGUCUAGUAUCCUCAUGGCCUUCAGCUUUUGAUAAUUCUUACGCUCUUAGCCUAGGAUUUGCAGUAGAUGAGGGCGGUAUGGAACCCAUCGUCCAACGGUUUUGGGACAGGGUACAUGCCGUUGAUAAGUAA